CUGUCGCACCAUGAGGUCUGCUGGCUUAGUGCUUCUUGUGGGUCUCCUCGCCCUCUGGACUGAGCUGACACCCACCUCUGGUCAGAGGCCAGCAGGGAAGCCUGGGCAAUGUCCUGGGGGUCGGCCAGGUAUGGCUGGACCCUGCGUGGUGCGGUGUAAGGAUGACUGGUCAUGCCCUGGAGCUCAGAAGUGCUGCGGGAGUUGCCCACGAGCUUGUGCCAGUCCUGUCAGAGGGAAGCCUGGACGAUGCCCCCCGAAUCGAGGUGUGGGAAUCUGCAUUGCACGGUGUAGAGAUGACUGGUCCUGCCCCGGUGUUCAGAAGUGCUGCGGUGGAUGCCCACGAGAUUGCCGUUUUCCUGUCUAAGUGAAGGGCUCUUGCAAUGGCCAAAAGGACUUCAGUAUUGAGCUUGUGUGUGGAAGCUGCAGCUGUCCAUCGUGACCCUCUUGGUCUU